GAUUGGGGGGGAUGGCAACGGAGGGUUGGAGUAGCCCCGCGAGGCGGCUGCUCAAUAUUGUUGAGCAACCAUUGGGCGGAUCAGAAGAGCAUAGAAUAGAGGAAGUUGGAUGCAUAUCCACACCUGUCUCUUGUUACAAGACCAGCUGAAGAGAGCAAACUAUCGCAUACAUUUCCUUGAGCUCCCUGGGAUAAUCGGCUGAACAUGCAAAGGCCCCAAUCCACCAGGGAUGAUUUCGAUUUCCUCCGGAAGGUGGGCAGAGGAGCAUCCAGUGUUGUCUUCAAGGCACGCAGGAAAGCGGACAACCGAGUUUACUGCGUCAAGGAGAUCGACAUGUCAGCGGUGGUACCUGAGGAGGAGGAGCAGGCCCUGCUGGAGGUGCAGCUGCUUGCUUCCUUCGAGCAUCCUUACGUGAUCCGCUACUACGACUCCUUCCUCGAUGAUGAGAUCCUGCACAUUGUGAUGGAGUGGGCAGAGCAUGGCACCUUGUCGGACAGGAUCAAGAGCGAAGAGGGAAAGGUGAUGAAGGAGAUUCAGAUCUGGAAGUGGACGCUCCAGAUAACGGUGGGGCUGAACCACAUGCACGAGAAGAAGGUGCUGCAUCGCGACCUCAAGUCAGCGAAUGUCUUCAUCACUGCCAACGGGGACGCGAAGAUCGGAGACCUUGGGGUGUCGAGGAUGCUUAACAACACCCAGGAGAUGGCGCACACGAUGGUGGGGACGCCCUACUACCUGAGCCCUGAGCUGUGCGAGGGAAGCCCGUACAACGUCAAGUCGGACGUGUGGGCGCUGGGAUGCGUGAUCUUCGAGAUGUGCACGGGAGGAGGGCUUCCAUUCCAGGCGAGCAACCAGGGGGCCCUCAUCCUCCGCAUCCUCUCCUGCUGCCUCUAA